UAGAAACUCAUAGUUUAUCAAAAAGAUGAAAUAAAGCUUCAAAUUUGUGUUCUUAAAUUGCCUGUUGUUUGUACUUGUUGUUAUUUGACUUUCUGUGUGUGGAUUUACGGUCGUUGUAUAAAUACUGUAUCCAUAUAAACAAGAAUACAGCUGACCCAAUUUCAAGAUGGCGCAAUCAUUGUCGGAAGAAGAGUUUCAUAGAAUGCAGAUUCAAAUCCUUGAGAUGCGAACAGAAAAUUACAAACUAAAAGAUGAAAAUAAAAAGCAAGCAAUGCGUCUAAAAGAUCUCACUGAUAAAGAGACAAGAUUAGAUAAAGAAUUAAAUAAGCAAAUAAAACUAAAAAAGGCGCUGUCAACUUUAAACAAAAGUAAACAAGCACAAGAAUAUGAAGCAUUACUACAAACAACUGAACAAGAGUUUGCAUUACAAAACCAAACUCUUAUGCAGGAACUGGCACGGCUUUCUGCACAUGUUGAAAAACUUGAGAAAGACAACAAAAGUUUGAACACGGACGGUCAUGGCAGUGAUGCUGCUACUGAUUCUGAAUUACGAAGAGUACAAGCGCAAAACACAGCGUUGAAAAGAACAGUUGAAAAUAUGCAGAUCAAACACAGAGAAGAAUUGCAACAGACAAUUGAUUCUUUCUCUGCUAAGCAAGCCUCACAAAAUCAUCAUAUGAAAAAUGGUGAGCAAACUGAUUCACAUGAAGCAGAUCAUGGAACUCAUGAUCAUCAUGAAGUGGAAGAUAAUGUUUCCAUGGAAAAUGUUACUGCAGAAGUAGAUGGAAAUGAAAUGACCAUUGAAAGUCCAGUUGAAGAUGAGACGAGCAUCGCAACGUCGAUUACAUCAAGUCCUUCCAACAUCACUGAUGAACGAUUGCUUCACUCGGAGGCGCAAUGCCAACGCCUGCAACAAAAACUUAACGAAUUACAAGAUAUUGAGGUCCAGUUAGCGACGGAGCGAGAAGAGAAACUUCUUCUUCAAAACGAUCUCGAUUACGAGGUUGCUCGUCACACGAGGGAACAGAGAGCUUUCACCGAGGAAGUUGAAUCUUUGAGGGAAAAGUUUGAACGAAAGCAAACUGCAUUUGUGAAUCUGCAGGAAGAAAUGGAGCAACUUAGGACUCUUCACCAAGAAAAGUUGGGUGAAACAACACAACAACAUGAAAGUGAAAAGCAAACUUUGCAACAAGAGAAAGAAAAAUUAACAUCAGAAGUUACCUCACUUGGAAAAGCUUUACAAAACUCCCAUAACAUGUUGGAUGGAAUGCAAGCAUCCAUGCAAAGUUUACAAGCAAAAGUGAAGCUGCAUGAGGAGGAAAUGAGAAGAGAAAUGGAGGAGAAGAGGAAGUUGGAGGAGCAGCUUGGGAAUCUUCAACAGCACCUAAAUAAUGAUGAACAGAAGAAAUCCGAAUCCUCCUCCCAGAUCAAGUCCUUGGAAACAGAGGUCCUCUCGCUCCGAUCCGGUUUGGAGAGAUCGAAGAUGGAGCGUGAUGAUGCGGUGACAAAAUUUGAGGAGAACGUGAGAGCGAGUGCAUCACUCCUGGAGAGAGUGAAUCAAGUUGAGAAGGAAAGUGAAGAUCUUCGACAUGAGUUGAAACUCGCUAAUGAACUCGCCGAAAAACGGAAAAAAGUGAUGGACCAACAAGCUGUAGAAUCACAAGAAAACAAUGCUAAGUUUACUGAAAGAAUUAACGCCUUGUUACUGGAGCAUGAGACAUCAAGUGCUAAAUCAAUUGAAAAUUACGAAUCAAAAGUCAAAAUAUUGGAAGAAACUUGUAAAAGACAGGAACAGGAACUUAUAAGAAUGAACCAUCAAGACAGGGUAAAAACCAGAGAACUGGACACUUUACAGCAGCAGAUACGAGACCAGCAAUCAACUUUGUCCUCGCUUGAAAACUCGAGUGGUUGGUUUGAACGAGCUCUCAAAGACGCAGAGAAGAUGGCUGCUGAGAAGGAGGAAGAUCAUCUGCAGCAGUUGGAAGAUGCAAAGUCAGAACAUGAGAAGGAAAUGGAGAAACUUCGAGUUCAGUUUUCCUCCAAAGAGAAAGAAGUAGAAGAAGCAGAGAGACAAGUUGCUCUCGCUAUGAACGAGACAACUACAAGAGAUGCAACGAUCGAGAGAAUGAAACAAGAUGUUCUUGACGAAGUUAGUAAGCAGAAACUCAUUGAAAAGAAAGGACAUCAGGCUUUAAAGGACUUAAAGAAACAGCUUGUCAUGGAGAAGAAACGAAGUGAAAAACUUCAAGAAAAAAUGAAAGAAAUUUCAUCCAGCAAUUCAAAUUUAGACGAACUGCUUCAAGUUGUUGACCUUAAUGAUAAAACAACAACCGGAGAUGGAAGUUCAGUUUCUUCUUUUAGUUUUAGGGAUUUUAUUUCCAACAAGCAAAACCCUGACACCAGUUCGCAGGCUGGUACCAGCAACCUUUCCUCUACCCCUGUUGCCACGGCAACCGUCAGCAAAGCUGAGAGUCGAGAUCUUCUUUCUCGUCUUACAUCCGUGCAACAGGAGAAAUGGAAUCUGGAGGAAAAAGUCCGGCACCUAGAGGAGAGUGCGGGAGCGAUGGCGGAUGAGUUGGUCGAGAAGACAAAACUCCUCCAACAAUAUGUUCAUCACACAAGAGCAGAUGUUCACAAAAUGAGGUCCUCCAAUGAAGAGCUCGCCUCUCGGACUUUUGGGAAUCGAGUUCGGAGCAUCAUCACUGGGCAGGAGGAGGCAGAUGUCACCAACAUCCGGGAGCUGAAUCGGAAACUCACAAGGAUGUUGGAAGAAGAAAUGACGAAGAACAUGGCUCUUAAACAAGACCUUGCCAACUUAUCUGAACAACUGUCAUCAAAAUAGUUUCUGUUUUUUACUCAUUCAAAUCCGAGUAGUGCAAUAGUUAGCGCUUAUUUGCGCGGGUUGACGGUACAUCAUAAGAAUGUAUUUGACGACCUUACAAAUGUAACGGCCGAACGAACUCAGUAUUACAUCGCGCGAGUGUUUUACGUGGAGAGUUUUAUGUGAAUGUGUUGGUCAAGCUGUCUCCUUGUCUCUAUCAAUGCAAAAAUCUCUUACGACGUUUGCGGUUUUAUAACUAGCAUGCGGUUGCUUACAAAGAAAAUAUUGUUUAUUUCUUCUGAGAAACUUCAAUACCAAGUUGCAAUGCAUUGGUGUUAAUGUAAAUUGCUGCAUUCAGCUUCACAAAAAGUGUAUUCUAUAGGCUACUCAAUCUACUCCAAAUUUCCCAUUGGAUAUUGUAUCAAACUACAUGUUUACAGCAGUUAAACAUAUAGUAGGGUAGGGGAAGAUGGGACGCUUUUUUAUUCGAUUUUCUCGCUCUAUUUGGCAGUAAACAAAGAAUAAUCGAAGAAUUAUAAAACUGUAUCCUCACGACUCCCAUAUACCGUCGUUAAUUGUUUAAAACACGAUCAGGAUAUUUCGAUAUUAUGUACUAAAGAUGUCCCAUCUUCCCCCUACCUACUAUACUUUAAUUGUGAUUCAACCUAUUUCAAGAUCAACCGUUGACCAGCACGCUUGGUGAGCUACCUGUAUUAUGAUGGUACAUUGUUUUUAUACAUUUUCCUAUCACUGGGUAACGUCGUGACCAAAUGUUAAUAUUUUAUGGACAAAAAUUACAAAACUCGUAGGAGUUCCGCAUUUCUUCAAA